UUUUUAGACUCCACACAUACACACAACAAUAUUUCACUAUCCCCAUCUCCCCAAUCCCAACACCAUGGAAUGCAGUGAUCACAAAACCACCACAAUUUCUUCAAUGAAUUCAUCAUGUUCAUUAUUAACUCCUCCAAUGAUUGUUCUUUCUCCAUGUGCUGCUUGUAAAAUCCUACGCAGGAGAUGUGUUGAGAAAUGUGUGCUGGCACCUUAUUUUCCUCCUACUGACCCUCUUAAGUUUACCAUUGCUCAUAGAGUCUUUGGUGCUAGCAACAUUAACAAAAUGUUGCAGGAGCUUCCGGAGGAACAAAGAGCGGAUGCGGUGAAUAGUAUGGUGUAUGAAGCAAAUGCAAGAAUAAGAGAUCCAGUUUAUGGUUGUGCUGGUGCAAUUUGUCAAUUACAAAAGCAAAUAAGUGAACUUCAAUCAGAAUUUGCAAAGGCACAAGCAGAAAUCUUGAAUUUAAAGUGCCAAAAUUCAAACUUAUUGGCCUUAGUUUGCAUGGAAGUAUCAGAAAAUAGCAGCAGCAGCUUAUUAUCUUCAGAUCAUAUUAAUGAUUAUGAAAAUAAUAAUAAUACCAGCAUGUUUUUGGAAGACAACAAUGUCUAUGCAGCUUGGGAACCACUUUGGACAUGAUUAAAAUAUGUUGUGGUCAAUAAUUCUACUAUUAAAUUAAUUAGACAUUUAGAAUUGUCCCCCAUGAAAAAUGGGGUAGAUAAAGUUAGUGACAUACUUUAAAAAAAUUUAAUAAAAAUAUGUACUAUCAAGGAAUAGGACUUUGAAGAAAUCAGAUGUAACUCAUGGAGACCUAUUUUAUUUUUUAUUUGAAGAAGAAAUAUUAUAGAAGGAUGUUUUAC